AACAAGCCAGCAUGACCGGAGAUUAAUUAUUCAAGGACUGCCAGCCACAGGGGGAGUCACCUGAUAGUACGGACAAUAUUACAACCUGAUAUCAGGUGAAACGGUGGCUUCGUGUUCUUUCCUCCUCCCUUUUGCUGCAUUUUGGUGCUACUUUAACUGAAGACUUGAAAGACAACUUUCACAAAGACAGCUACAAGUGGAAUUUCUUUUCAGCUUUGAGUAUUUGUUCAAUCUGUUAACACUUUCUCCGCUUUUUUUUUUGGUUGCCAAUGCUUGUCCCUAACAAACAGUUGGGCCUUGGUCGCUCCCACAGUUGGGACACAUUAGGGGGGCAUGAGGGUCAAUGGGAGAGGUCUGAGAGUGUCUACGAGCAGCAGGCAAGAUUAGCCAGCCGUCGGGGCUCUCUGUCAUACGGAGAGGGAGCAGGGUGGUUAGAGCUUCCACCAGGAGUGCGUCCCUCUGACCUGGAUUUGAAACGCGAGCCAUAUUCCUACCAAGACUCUCUGUACGCACAGGUUUACGAGCGACAGGACCCACGGGGACUGAGGAAGGGCUCUGCACCUGAUCUUAACAACUACGAACGAGCACAAAUGGCUCGCAGAGGAUCCAUUCCACAUCAGGAUUACUAUUCCCAUGACCCGGCCAUGACUCCUCGGCCACCUGAGGGCUUUUACCGGCCAGAACACCAGCCUCAGCCGCCUCACCCUCACCCACUUAGUAGAUCAGGCUCUCAUUAUGGAAUGGCACCUGUGGCUCGCGCUGGGUGGGAUCAAGGUCAGGUCGGGAGAGCUGGACCUCCAGCCCCUGCAUCACCCCUACCUCCUCCUCCACCUCCUCCAACAGCUCAUGAGAUGAGUCGGGCUUAUAGGGAAUCUGCUGUAACUGCCGCCAAAAUGACACAAGAUGGCCAGCGCGUUCCUUCUCGCGAGCCAUCUCCUUCUCAUUAUGGUAUGGAGCAUGCAUCUCCUCGCUAUGCCAGUGAGCCUCCACCCAUUGCGGGUCAGUCUGUCUAUACUGAUGUUAAUGGCCAGCCAUUGGAUCCGCAGCAGCAGGCUGCUACCUGUCUAGUAGUAGAUCCUACCAGUCAAGUUGUGAUGAUGAGGCAAGAGACCGCUUCACCGUACACUGCCCAACAGCAGCAAUUACAGCAACAUCAACAAAUACAACAGCAACAAUUACAGCAGCAGCAACUUCAACAGCAACAAAUACAACAACAGCAGUUACAGCAGCAGCAACUUCAGCAGCAGCAACUUCAACAGCAGCAACUUCAACAUCAACAACUUCAACAGCAACAAUUACAACAGCAACAGCUUCAACAACAGCAGCUACAGCAACAGCAACUUCAACAAGAUCAGUUGCAGCAGCAUAUGCAACAGCAACCCCUGCAACCUCCGCCUACCAUGCCCCUCUCCGACCCUAGCCUUUCUAUGACAGCUCCACUUCCCGCUCCACCGAUCCCAAUGCAUCCCGUAGCAGUUGCUCCAGCUGCAUCUGUCCUUGUGCAGGCUCCCCAAACUUCAGUUCCUCCUCCCCUGAGCACUCCACUUCAUGCUCUUCCUCCCCAAACUGCCCCACAGAUGCCUUUGCCGGUGGACCCCAAGAAGAGCGUCGAUCCUGAGUUCCUUGCCCUGCUGCGAAACGAAGGCAUCUCAGAGAGCACCAUCUCCUCAAUUAUCCAACAGGGAUUCGACUCCACUAGUAUGUUAGCUGUUAUGGAGGACAACGAUGUCCGUACUGUUGCCCCCAACCUCGGCCAGGCUCGCGUUCUGUCUCGUGUAGUCCAGAACUGCAAGCGGCCCCAUGAAGUGACACCAGCCCCAUCCCAACCUCAGACCCCAAUGCGAGCCCGCUCUAAUAGCUUCAGCCAUCGCUCAGAUAUCUACCACCAGCUACCGCACCACCAUCAAACCCACCCUGCACAGGCUUUAAAUGUGGAUGCUCACAUGAUACCCCCACAGACCCCUGGGGCCAUGCAGACCAUCUCUCCAAGGAUGGGAGAAGUAAUGGGUAGGAGGCCCAACAGUGCCCCUUCUCAGCACCUCAUGGAAGCUUCUGGAGGCUACCAAGGCCAACCCCCUCGCUCCCCGGGGCCGUAUGCUGGGGCGCUAAUGCCUGUUCAAUCAAGACCCAUGUCCGCCUACUCUUCUGGGAUGCCCAUGCAUGGUAUGCAGAUAAUGCCACAGCAAAUGACUGGGUCAAUGCCUGCCAUGCCUGGGUCUAUGCACUCCAUGUCAGGUAUGCCACAGCAUAUGCCCGUGUCCAUGCCAGCUUUACAACAGCCACCACAGCAGGUUCCAAAAGCUUACUCUACAAAUUAUACAGUGCCCAUGGAGCUGAUGAAGAGGGACAGGAAUGUAAUGCCAUUAUCACCCAUGCACAGCCCUCACCCCAGUCCUCAGAUGAUGCGUAAGGGUGGGGGUAAUGUACAGGACAAUGCCCUUGUUUCUAUGGGACCACCAGGUCAAGGACAAGUUGCCCUGGCUGCUAACCAGAAGCUAAGUCGACGCACGGGUCCACCAGUCAUCGUGUCCACUAUGGCUUCUCCAGAAACAAGUAUUCGGCCCCAGAUUAUGAAUGGGCCUAUGCACCCGCGCCCCCUGGUGGCGCUGCUGGAUGGGCGCGAUUGCACCGUGGAGAUGCCCAUCCUCAAAGAUCUGGCCACCGUGGCUUUCUGUGACGCACAGUCCACACAGGAGAUACAUGAAAAGGUGCUGAAUGAGGCCGUGGGAGCCAUGAUGUACCACACCAUUACCUUGACCAGAGAGGACCUGGAGAAGUUCAAGGCGUUGCGCAUCAUCAUCCGCAUCGGCAGCGGCUACGACAACAUCGACAUCAAGGCUGCCGGGGACCUGGGCAUCGCAGUGUGUAAUAUCCCCUCGGCGGCUGUAGAAGAGACAGCAGACUCAACACUUUGUCACAUCCUCAACCUGUACCGGCGAAACACCUGGCUGUACCAGGCUCUCCGGGAGGGCACGCGGGUCCAGAGCGUGGAGCAGAUCCGGGAGGUGGCGUCGGGGGCGGCCCGCAUCCGAGGAGAGACGCUGGGCCUCAUCGGAUUUGGUCGCUCGGGCCAGGCGGUGGCGAUACGGGCGAAGGCGUUCGGCUUCAACGUGAUCUUCUACGAUCCUUACCUCCAGGACGGCCUGGAGCGCUCGCUUGGUGUUCAGCGGGUCUACACGCUGCAGGAUCUGCUCUACCAGAGCGACUGCGUCUCCCUGCACUGCAACCUGAACGAACACAACCACCACCUCAUCAACGACUUCACCAUCAAACAGAUGCGUCAAGGUGCUUUCCUGGUCAACUCGGCACGGGGAGGUCUGGUGGAUGAGAAAGCUUUAGCUCAGGCCCUGAAGGAAGGUCGGAUACGGGGAGCCGCCUUGGACGUCCACGAGACGGAACCUUUCAGUUUUUCCCAAGGUCCUCUGAAGGACGCGCCCAACUUGAUCUGCACCCCCCACACUGCCUGGUACAGCGAACAGGCGUCACUGGAGAUGAGAGAGGCAGCGGCCACAGAAAUACGCAGAGCCAUCACUGGCCGUAUUCCCGACAGCCUCCGAAACUGCGUCAACAAAGAGUUCUUUGUCACUUCGGCACCCUGGGGAAUGAUGGAGCAGCAGCAGCAGCCUCAAAUUCACCCUGAGAUGAACGGUGCCGCCUACAGCCGAAUGAACCAAACGAUGGUACAGGCCAUAGCAACGGGGGGAAUGCAGGACAAAUUAUAUACCUAAUUCUCAACCAGAUUCCCUCCUGGUGUGGUGGGCGUGGCCCCCGGCGGGAUUCCCGGACCGAUGGAGGGGUUGGUGCCUGGGGGAGUGCCCAUUGCCCACACCCUGCCCCCCGGUACCCAUCCGUCACAGGCCCCCUCCCCCAACCAACCCUCCAAACAUGGCGACCCCAUGAGAGAGCACAUGACUGAGCCUUAGGACUGCUGCUGCUGAUACCGAGCAGGGGGCUAAAACCAACUUGAACAAAAAAAAAAGAAAUCCAGCACCCCCACCAACCGAAACCAUCCGACUGUAUGCUUGACUUCAGCCAUCUGAACCUACCAGCAGACUGCAGCCGGGCAACGUUUCACACGUCUCCUUUUGUAUGAAAGCCCCAGUGAGGACAGUGGAUAUACACGGUGGUUACUACACACCUGAGCUGCCACACUGAGAUGGGACUGACCGUCAACCUCAUGCAGAUCUGAGACCUCUCCUCCCCCAUCUGUUUCUGUUCUUCGUUGAUUUAAGUGAUAUUUUCCGUUUUUAAUCUUUAUUUCUGAGUAUAUUUUAGGGGAGAAUCCUCCUGAUUUCUGGGACAUGUUGACAUUUCCACAUGCAAGAUGGAAAUCUGACCCCGCCUCCUCCCCCGGUUUAAAGGACAAACUUGAAGCGACAGUGACUUCAUAAACGAUCCCCCUUAUUCCUGAGUUUCCCCCGUUUCGGCGCAAACAUGUCUUGUGUUUUUUUGCUUUUUUACUUUCCUCUGUUUACCCUAUAUUCUGUGUUUAUGUUGCAAGUGAAUAUCUGUUUUUCUGUUCUUCUGUGUGUGAAAAUGAAUGAAUUUACAGUUACACGUAUGUUUAGCAGGCCAACAGCAGAAUCUGCCGUCUCCAUCAGAAAUCUGGACUCCAUCUUUGCUUUUUCCCCCCUAAUCAUUGUGGCUGGUGGCCCCUGAAUGUAGAGCCGAGAUGAGUGCCAGGACAUGUGGUUUCCAGUUCCAGAAAGAAUAUUUGAGCUUAUGAGGUAAAAAAAAAAAAAUGACCCUUUGAAACCAAAAAAGGAAAAAAAUCAGACUGCCAUUUGUGGUUAGAUAUUGUACGUUGAGUGAUAAACAUCAGUUACAUUUAGCUGUGGUCAUUUUCAAACGCUGCUGAACUGAGGUACCUACGAUAUUUGCCAUGAACGGUGUCCCAAAUAUCUGCAUCCAAAGGACCUACAGUAUAUUACAGCUCCAGUUAGCGAGGUAGGGAAAACAAAAACAGCUUACUGACUCAGGAAAUAAAAAAUCUGUCCAAAUCAGAAUUUAAAAACAACUGGAUUAUUGCUUUUCAUUACUCCACCUCUUUCAACGUUGUGGUAUUUUUUUUAAUAUAUCAAAUGUAUGUUUUUUGAUGUUCAAGGUUUUCUGUCCUGUUAGAUUUGUAUUGCCUUGUUAAAUGUUCUUAUAAUCAUAGUCCGAUGUGAGCGACCACACCCUCUCCUCCUAUAGUUUCUUCCUCUUUGUUUUUCUGCUCUAAUGAAAGCCAGCUGCGGCUCUCCGAGGCAGCAGCGUCCUCUGUGAACAACAGCCGCCACAUCCAUCCCUUUUAGCCCCGUGACGUUAGCAAGAGACGGCUGCUAGCAGAUUGUUUGGUUUUUAGUGUGAGUAUUUGUAUUUGUUUCUUGUACAAGGUGAACAUAUAGCAUACAGUGCAGCUGGAAACAAUAAAUAAAAUGUACUGUUCUGAUUGAU